AUGGCAGAAUCUGAUCGGAAAGACCUAGAGUCGGACGCCCUUUUGGCCGCAUGCUGGACUGCAGAGCAUGACCCCAAACUCUUGAGACAUAUCCUGUGCGAAGUCAACCCUCAUCUCAGCCAAGAUUUGAGCACGCUAUCCAGGAGGAAGUCGUUGAGUUUUUACCAAAGAAAUCUUUACUCUCAUGUACAACUGAACAAUGCUUCUCACAUUGAGCUGAAAAGUACGAACGAUUACUCUGCCGAAGAAGCUCUCAGCCAACUACCCCUGACGCCAGAAACCCUUCCCACGCCAAUGACACCCAAACUGCACACUCUCUUUCCUGUUGGCGAGAACCCCGUCCACAAGCAGGAGUGCCAGAAUACCGCUUUGUGGCACAGCAGGGUUCUGCUCACUGAUCUGGCUGGUCUCCUUCACACGAACCUGUCCACAGAUGACAUGAUAAAGCGCAACAAUGUUCUUACCGAUUUCUACAUGGAAGGGUUCCGCAUCAACUUUCAACAUCGUAUGUCCUUUAUCUGGAUGGAUUAUCGCUGGUCGGCUGCUGGGACGGAGUUCAACGAACAAAACAUGGUGAUAGAGAACAAAUACCUGUAUGGCGAUAUAUUGACCACAACGUCAAGGGUAGUUUCGAAUCCGUGUGACCGUGAAGUGGUGUUUGCAGUCAGUCCUAUAAUCACAAAGCAAACAUACACCUGGAGCAGAGUAAAGGCGGAAGUUGUGCACAACGCCACGGUACGCGUUGGCAAGAAGAGGGUAACCGAGAAAAUGGAAUUGACAGUAUGA